AUGAUAAUAUUUCCGGAAUACCCCAAGAAAGCACAAAGAAGUGGAAAGUUACCUUCUAAUAAUAGAGUCUCUUGGAGACAUGAUUCAGCUUUACAAGAUGGUCAAGAUGUUAAUCUUGAUUUAACUGGAGGUUAUUUUGAUGCAGGCGAUUACCUAAAGUUCACAUUUCCAUUAUCUUGGGUUAUAACAUCAUUAUCUUGGGGAAUUUUAGAGUGGGGUCAAGGAUAUCAACUUGCGAAUCAGUCUCAAUAUAUUUAUGAUAUGUUAAGAUGGGGUACUGAUUGGUUAAUAAAAGCUCAUCCCGAACCAAAUACAUUAUACGUUAUGAUCGGGUUAGCACAUGGGACUGAUGUCGCUGGAGAAGCUGCUGCGGCAUUUGCUGCAUCAUCUUUAAUAUUUAGAAAUUAUUUUAAUGAUUCUACUUAUGCCGAUAUUCUUUUAUCACAUGCAAAAGAUACUUACGCUUUGGCUGAAUUAACUCCUUUUGUAUUAUAUCAAAAUUCUGUCCCUCAAAUUGUAAAUCUUUAUUCAUCCUCAAAUUUUACUGAUGAAUUAGUUUGGGUAAAUUGGGAUGAUAAAACUGGUGCUGUUUAUUUAUUAUUUGCUGAUUUAAUUCAUAAAUAUGGUCAAGAAGGUCAAGAAGAUUUAAGUAAAUGGAAAAAUGAAGCUGAACGUUAUUUAGAUGGAAUAAUUAAUUUAUCAACUUGUUCACUUACCAAAGGUGGACUUUAUUGGUGUGAUGGAGAUAGUGAAUCAGCUUCCUUAAAUCCUGCACUUAAUGCCGCAUUCUUAUUAUUACUUUAUAGUUCUUUAAAUAUAUCAACUUCUUCUUCUAUCGAAAAAAUUCAAAGUUAUAAAAAUUUUGCUAUCUCACAAAUUGAUUAUACAUUAGGUAAAAAUCCAAGGAAUGCUCCUUAUGUAAUUGGUCUUCAUCCUAAUUCUCCCAAGAAUCCUCAUCACGCUGGUGCAAGUGGUGGAAAUGAUGUAUCAAAUUUAAAUGAUCCUUCAGAGACAAAAUAUAUUUUAUAUGGAGCUCUUGUGGGAGGACCAGAUAAGAAAGAUAAAUUUAAUUAUAAUUCACCACUUCAAAAUUUAAUGGCAUAUCAAGUAAUUAAUUCUCAUAUUGAUCCUCAUUAUGUUAAUAUUUCAAAAGAAUCUUCUAAUAGAAUUACUACUACUGUCAUAGUAAUUAUUAUUGUGAUUUGUAUAUCGAUGGUAAUUUUAAUUGGUGUUAUUACAUUUUCAUUUUGGAAACGCAAAAAAAUUUCAAGAUGGUGGGAAAAUCUUCGAAAACAAAAUUCAUAA